UCAGUCGAAUGCUUAGAAGAAGUAGCGUCCAGUGUCUUGCAUGCCCGAUGCCCACCUUCAAUCCUUAUCUAACCUCAUCUCGUGACAGUCAUAACAGUGGCGUGGCUGCAAUUGCUGCACCCAGAUACACUUUCGUGCACUUUCGUUUCUACGAUUAGAGUUUACGCGUAUUUCGCACGGAAGGAAUAUUUGUUUUCUUAAUAUAAUUAUCAGGGGAAAUAACAAGCGUGACAUCCGCGUUACGCAACGAAGCUACGCAACGUCUCGUCUGUGUUCAUUGACGAAUAACGCGAGAGAUACGAUGUGGACGAUAGGACACCGGCGAUCAGAAAUGUGACCGCAUAUAUUGGUUCCACAUCUGUGGAUGAGGAUACGCCGAAGUUUUUUCUCGCAGCGAGAAUGAAGGCAUUUUUAUUGCUGGCGACAAUGCUGUGUCGCAAAAAGAAAUCCUCGUAGUGCCAAAGCGUCAGAUGAGAGAAAUUUGAUGGAUUCCAGACUGCUAUGUUUUACAUUCUGAUUUAUACGUCUACAUAAUACUAAAACAAUGUCGAACACCCUGAUGCAACAGUUUGUCCAGCGACUCAAGUCGAGGAAUGAAGAGGCGCGUAACAAGGCGGCACGCGAUCUGUGCCUCUACGUCAAGAGGGAACUGCGGGAGGCGUCGCAGGAGGAGAUCACGGCUUUCAUGGAUGAGUUCAAUCAUCACAUAUUCGAAAUGGUUUCCGCCUCCGACAUUAACGAGAAGAAAGGCGGUAUUUUAGCCAUAGUUUGCCUUAUAGGAGCGGACGUAGGUAAUUUUAAUACGCGGACGGUACGAUUUGCUAACUAUCUUAGAAACUUGAUACCUUCCAACGACGUGGGCGUUAUGCAAUUAGCCGCGAAAACUGUCGGGAAGCUGGCGCUAGUCUCUGGUACUUAUACAGCUGAAUACGUCGAGUUCGAGGUGAAACGUGCCUUCGAGUGGCUUGGCGCAGACAGACACGAGGGUAGGAAACACGCCGCCGUGCUCGUCCUGAGAGAACUCGCUGUCUCUGUGCCAACGUACUUUUUUCAACAAGUUACGCCGUUUUUCGAAUUGAUAUUCAACGCUAUACACGAUCCCAAGCCCGCUGUACGGGAGGGCGCGGUAGAAGCUUUGAGAGCGGCUCUAGUAGUCACCGCUCAAAGAGAAACUGUGAAACAGAUGCACAAGUCACAAUGGUACAAACAGUGCUACGACGAGGUAAUAGACGGAUUCGAGGAGGUUCACACGAAGGAGAAGGGCAUUAACAGAGACGACAGAAUACACGGCUCGCUAUUAGUGCUGAACGAACUUUUAAGAUGCAGUAACGUCCAAUGGGAGAGAAAUUACGAGGCUCUAAUGGAAAGAUUGAACGGUUCCACGCAAAAUGAAAACGAUAUCAUUUCUUUGAUGCCACGCUUGAAGACGACGAUAGGAUCGAAAUGGGCGGGGGCCACGCAGAAUGCCACCUCGUCCCAGCACACGUUGUAUCCGGCGCACGAGUCGACCGUUUGCAGAUGCUUGAUGCAGGAAAGACUGGAUGAUAUUUAUAAUGACGUGAUGAAUCAGAAAAUGUCUAGGAACCCGCAUAUUCAGCACGCCCUUAUGAUGUUGUUGCCGAGGCUCGCUGCAUUUAACAAGGAAAAGUUUAUAAGGGAUCAUCUGAAAGAAUCCUUGGCGUACCUUUUGCUGAUUCUACGCAGUCGCGAGAAGGAUCGCUACGCCGCUUUCACGUCGAUCGGUUUCAUAGCCGUGGCGGUGGAAGACGCGAUAAAUCCAUACCUGCCAAAAAUCAUGGAGGUAAUCAAAAGCUUGCUACCGUCUAAGGAAACCCCCAGCAAGAAGCGUACCCCCCUGGAACCCGCGGUGUUCGUUUGCAUCACCCUGCUCAGCCACGCGGUCAAACAGGUCAUAGCUUCCGACGUCAGGGACUUGUUGGAACCCAUGUUUCAAACCGGAUUAAGCCCGAUCUUAACCACGGCGCUCAGAGAACUGGCACACAGCAUUCCAUCUUUGCAGGUGGAUAUAUCUCAAGGUCUGUUGCGAAUGCUGUCGCAAGUUCUAAUGCAAAAGCCACUGAGACAUCCCGGUGCACCGUGGGCAGCGACUAGCCCUAACUCCGCGGCGGAUGACGUUUCGUCGACGGUACUCGCGUUAAAAACGCUAGGCACCUUUAACUUUGACAAUAAUCCGUUGUUGCAGUUCGUCAAGAGAUGCGCGGACCACUUUUUAACGUUGGAACAGGCGGAGGUUCGAUUGGAAGCUGUAAAGACGUGCUCUAGAUUAUUGAGAUUAACGUUAAAUCAGUCAGGACCCACGGUAACCACUACCGUUUCAACUGUUCUGGGUAAGCUGCUGGUAGUGGGAAUAACCGAUACAGAUCCGGACGUUCGUCUGUGGGUGUUGGCGUCAUUGGAUGAUUCCUUCGACGUUCAGUUAGCGCAAGCGGAAAAUUUAUCUGCGCUGUUUAUCGCCAUGAACGACGAGAUGUUCGAAAUAAGGGAACUAGCGGUUCGUACCGUUGGACGACUCAGCACACUGAAUCCCGCUUACGUUAUGCCGUCGUUAAGGAAGACUCUGGUGCAAUUUCUGACGGAAUUAGAGCACUCAGGAAUGGGCCGUAACAAGGAGCAAGCCGCUCGAAUGUUGGAUCACCUGGUGGUGACCGCGCCAAGGCUCGUUCGACCGUAUAUGGAGCCCAUUCUGAAGGUUCUCGUUCCAAAGUUGAAAGAAUCCGAUCCAAAUCCUGGCGUAGUGCUAGCCGUUCUGCGCGCAAUCGGUGAUUUGGCGGAGGUCAAUGGCGCCGAGAUGCAACAGUGGAUGUCCGAGCUCUCGUCGAUAUUGCUGGAGAUGUUGGUGGACGCUAGUUCGCCCGAGAAAAGAGGAGUAGCGCUAUGGGUAUUCGGUCAGUUAGUCGGUAGCACGGGCCACGUGGUAAAACCAUACAUACAAUAUCCGUCCCUACUGGACGUUCUUAUCAAUUUUCUCAAGACUGAACAGCAACCAAUUAUCAGGAGAGAAGCCAUUAGAGUGCUCGGACAGUUGGGUGCGUUGGACCCCUAUAAACACAAGAUGAAUCUCGGACAAAUCGACAGUCAGUUGGACACGCUUACCUCGAUGGCGGAUACCAAGAGUGAUGUGGAGAACACUCAGGACUUGACGACUAGUGAGAUGCUGGUGAACAUGUCGCCGUCGACGUUGGAAGAAUUUUAUCCAGCGAUCGCCAUUACGACGCUCAUGCGAAUUAUUCGCGAGCCGACAUUGUCCCAGCAUCACACUAUGGUCGUACAAGCGGUGACCUUCAUAUUUAAAAGCCUCGGGAUUAAGUGUGUACCAUACAUUUCUCAGGUUAUGCCGAGCUUUCUGAACGUCGUGCACAUGGCGGAUAUGAAUUUCCGAGAGUUCCUUUUCCAACAGCUGGCCGUUCUCAUCGCCAUCGUGAAGCAGCACAUACGCAAUUAUCUGGACGACAUAUUCGCCUUGAUUAAAGAAUUCUGGUCUGUGAAUAGUCCGUUGCAGAGCACGUUGAUUCUUUUGGUCGAGCAGAUUGCCAUGGCCCUGGGCGCGGAGUUCAAGAUCUAUUUGCCGCAGCUGAUGCCGCCGAUACUCAGAGUAUUGACGCACGACAGCAGCAAGGAUCGUGCGGUAACGGUAAAGUUGCUUCUGGCUCUACAAACUUUCGGGAACAACCUGGACAAUUAUCUACACCUCGUGCUUCCGCCGAUCGUGAAACUGUUCUACGCGAAUGACUGUCCGUUAGCCGUGAAUAAAGUCGCUCUCGAAACGGUCGAUCUUCUCGCGGACACGUUGGAUUUUACGGAUUUCGCAUCGCGAAUCGUUCACACUUUGGUACGUACGUUGGACCAAUGUCCGGAACUAAGGAGCACGGCCAUGGAUACUCUUUGCGCUGUCGUGAUACAGCUGGGCAAGAAGUAUCAGAUUUUCAUUGUGUUAGUCCAGAAAGUUAUGACGAAGCACAAGAUAGUCAAUUCGCGGUACGACGUUUUAGUUGACAAGAUACUUACGGAUUCGACCGCGGCGGACGGCGAAGAUUUCUUGUUGAUAAGAAUGCGACAUUCACGCAACAAGAAUCGCGAGCUCUCCUUAACACCUUCGGAAACGACCACGAUCAAGAAGUUGAAUGUGUCGGCCUCGAAUUUGCAAAAAGCGUGGACUGCGACGCGACGAGUGUCCAAGGACGAUUGGCUCGAGUGGCUGCGGUGCUUCUCCAUCGGUUUACUCAAAGAAUCUCCGUCUCCGGCUCUGCGAUCCUGUUGGGCGCUGGCGCAAACUUACGCUGUGUUACCGCGUGAUUUAUUCAAUGCGGCUUUCGUCUCGUGUUGGACCGAACUCCACGAUACCUACCGAAAGGAACUGAUACAGACUCUGCAUCAAGCGUUGAUGGUCCCUGAUCUGCCUACCGAAGUGACGCAAACCAUUUUGAAUUUAGCCGAGUUCAUGGAGCACUGUGACAAGGGUCCCUUGCCAUUAGACAAUCAGACUCUUGGCGAUACGGCGAUGCGCUGUCGUGCGUACGCCAAGGCAUUGCACUAUAAGGAAGACGAGUUCCACAAGAGCAGAAACAGCAGCGUAUUUGAAUCUCUCAUUUCUAUCAAUAACAAACUUCAACAGAAGGAGGCGGCUGAGGGUUUGCUGGAGUAUGUAAUGAAUCACAAUCAGCAAGAUCUCAAGGUCCAGAUACGUUGGUACGAGAAGCUUCACAACUGGGACAAGGCGUUGCAGCUAUACCAGGAACGUCUGGAGGGCGAUUGCUCCGACGUGGAAUCCAUUUUGGGUGAGAUGCGUUGUUUGGAAGCUCUUGGAGAGUGGGGUCAAUUGCACGAAGUCGCGACGAAACAAUGGUCGAAUCAAACUGACGAUACAAAACAAAGAAUGUCGAGAAUGGCGGCGGCUGCGGCAUGGGGUUUGAGUCAAUGGGAAAGUAUGCAAAAGUACGUUUCACUGAUUCCGAAGGACACUCAAGACGGAGCGUUUUACAGAGCGGUACUGGCAAUUCACGACGAACAGUACAAUGUCGCGCAUCAGUUCAUCGACAGCGCCAGAGAUCUUUUGGACACCGAGCUGACUGCCAUGGCUGGCGAGAGCUACCAGCGGGCAUACAACGCCAUGGUGGAGGUGCAGAAGUUGGCGGAAUUGGAGGAAGUGAUCCAGUUUAAGCUGGUGCCUGAACGUAGAGCGGCCAUCAAGGCUAUGUGGUGGGAGAGGCUUCAGGGUGGACAGAAGAUCGUAGAGGAUUGGCAGAAGAUCAUACAAGUACACACGCUGGUGGUCUCGCCACAGGAUGACAUGUAUACGUGGCUUAAAUAUGCUAGUCUCUGUCGGAAGAGCGGUAGUUUGAUGCUGUGUCACAAGACGCUGGUGAUGUUGAUGGGUACAGAUCCAUCCUUAACUCCGGACCAACCGCUACCGACUACUCAUCCCCAAGUGACCUUCGCUUAUUGCAAGCACUUGUGGGUCGCGAACAAGCGCGAGGAGGCUUACAAUCAGCUGCAGCGAUUCGUGCAGACUUACUUGCAACCGGUGACCGCGGUAAUAAUAAAUCAAGAAGACGAGAAGCAGCACGAAAGCAAAAAGAGAUUGCUCGCCAGAUGUUACCUUAAGCUCGGCGAGUGGCUCGAGUCCUUGCAGGGUAUAAAUGAGCAUUCUAUUCCCGCAGUAUUGUCUUAUUAUGCCGCAGCGACGGAGCACGAUCCCACGUGGUAUAAAGCUUGGCACGCCUUUGCCUACACCAAUUACGAGACAGUUUUGUUUUACAAGCAUCAGCAAGGUAGUGAUUCUACGCUCGCAGAAGCUCCAUCGGGCAACGGAACGCGCAAUAAUAUCUCCAGCUCGCAAUAUAUAUCUCAAUUUACUGUCCCGGCUGUAGAAGGAUUUUUCAGAUCUAUCAACUUGUCGGAUGGCAAUUCCCUGCAAGACACUCUCCGGCUUCUCACACUCUGGUUUGAUUACGGCCAGUGGCCAGAGGUGUAUGAUGCUGUCGUCGAAGGUAUAAGAUUAAUAGAAAUAAAUACUUGGCUGCAAGUAAUUCCGCAACUCAUAGCCAGAAUCGACACUCCUAGGGCGCUGGUCGGCCGGUGCAUACAUCAUCUUCUCAUAGAUAUAGGAAAGACGCAUCCUCAGGCUUUGGUAUAUCCGUUAACGGUAGCCUCAAAGAGCGCUAGUCACGCAAGAAAGACCGCGGCUAACAAAAUCCUGAAGAGCAUGUGUGAGCACAGUCCGACAUUGGUCCAACAGGCUGUGAUGGCAAGCGAUGAGCUUAUUAGGGUCGCGAUCUUGUGGCACGAAUUAUGGCACGAGGGUUUGGAAGAAGCCAGUAGAUUGUACUUUGGGGAAAGGAAUGUUAGAGGCAUGUUUGACACGCUGGAGCCUUUACAUGCCAUGCUCGAAAGAGGACCACAAACUCUAAAAGAAACCUCGUUCAAUCAAGCUUAUGGAAGAGAUUUAAUGGAAGCGCAGGAAUGGUGUCACAGGUAUAAAACAUCUCGGAACGUGAGAGAUUUGAAUCAAGCUUGGGAUUUGUAUUAUCACGUGUUUCGGAGAAUAUCUCGACAACUGCCGCAACUGACCAGUUUGGAACUGCAGUACGUUAGCCCGAAAUUGCUCAUCUGUAGAGAUUUGGAGUUGGCUGUGCCGGGAAGCUAUAGCCCUGGUCAUCCUAUCGUGAGAAUAGCAAGUAUUCAUAGCUCUAUGCAGGUGAUAACCAGUAAACAGAGACCAAGAAAGUUAUGCAUUAAAGGUAGCAACGGUAAAGAUUACAUGUUCCUAUUGAAAGGUCACGAAGAUCUAAGACAAGAUGAAAGGGUAAUGCAGUUAUUCGGUUUAGUGAACACUCUCUUAUUGCACGACCCAGAUACCUUCCGAAGAAAUCUUACUAUCCAAAGAUACGCUGUGAUUCCAUUGUCUACAAACAGUGGUCUCAUCGGUUGGGUGCCGCAUUGUGAUACGCUUCAUACGCUUAUUAGAGACUACAGAGAAAAGAAGAAGAUAUUAUUGAAUAUCGAACACAGGAUAAUGUUACGAAUGGCACCUGACUACGAUCAUCUUAUGCUUAUGCAAAAAGUUGAAGUGUUUGAGCACGCGCUCGAACAUACCCACGGCGAUGACCUGGCGCGACUUCUGUGGCUAAAGUCACCGUCGAGUGAAGUAUGGUUCGAUCGUAGAACGAAUUAUACGCGCUCCUUGGCUGUGAUGUCUAUGGUGGGAUACAUACUCGGUCUCGGCGAUCGUCAUCCAUCUAACUUGAUGUUGGAUCGUCUCAGCGGUAAGAUAUUGCACAUCGACUUCGGUGAUUGCUUCGAGGUGGCAAUGACGCGCGAAAAAUUCCCGGAGAAAAUACCGUUCCGUCUCACGCGGAUGUUGAUCAAUGCAAUGGAGGUAACCGGAAUCGAGGGAACGUACAGAAGAACUUGCGAGUCUGUAAUGUCGGUAUUGCACCGGAAUAAAGACAGUUUAAUGGCGGUUCUGGAGGCAUUCGUUUACGACCCUCUUCUUAAUUGGAGAUUGAUGGACAAUGCGGUGCCCAAGAGCAAACGAUCGGACGCUCAAGGCAUGAGCGCUAGCAGCAGCCAGGAACACGGCGAUAUGCUUGAUUCUCUUACCGCCACGUUACCGAAGAAGGGUGUGCCGUGUAGCAUCGAAAAUGGAGGUAAAGCUGAUAAUAAUCAACCAGAAGCACUGAACAAAAAAGCCUUAGCGAUCAUAACGAGAGUUAGAGAUAAAUUAACAGGACGCGAUUUUUCACACGAAGAAACUCUCAGCGUCCGACAACAAGUUGAUCUAUUGAUCCAGCAAGCUACGAAUAACGAAAACCUUUGCCAAUGUUAUAUUGGAUGGUGUCCGUUUUGGUAAACGAGAGACAAAAUUUCUCGUCAAAGGUGAAGUUGCGUAAGUGUGCUAUUGCCUGCUUUUGCAUUUAUAACUUUACAAAGUUAUUGUGUUUACGAAUUUACGACAAUCUCGUAUGAUGUAAAUAUAUACAUAUAAUCUGUUAUUGUAUUAUUUAAUCUGUUAUUAACAAGUGCCGUAGCAAACAAAAUACAUGCUCGCGUACAUUUAGUAGUCAACGCGUACAUUUAGUAGUCAUUGAUGUCUCAUACUUAAACAUUUUCUUUUUUUUAGAAAAACAAAAUUACAGUGAAAAAUUUCACUUGUUGCUGUAUUAUCGUGGUC